GAGCCCGCGGCCAAUCAACUCGUCACUCCAAACCCCCACUUCUCUCGGAGCUCAGCUCCUCGUCAGUCGUCAGGCCGCGCGCGCACAGCCAUGGCCGCCCGUUCUGCCGCCGCCGCCGCCUGCGACGCCGUGCGCGGGGCUUUCGGCGACAGGCUCCGCAGCGUCGUGUCGCGGCUGCGGAGCUGCCACCGUUCCAUCUCCGCCGCCUGCUCCUCUCCCGGGGUGCUCGCGGCCGGCCUCGCCGUCGCCGCGCUCCUGUGCUGCGGCGCCGCGGCGGCGGCGGCGUUCCCGCGCGCCGCGGCCUCGCUCCUGCCGUUGGCGGCGACCACCGCCAUCUGCUGCGCGGCGUCGGGGCUCUUCGCGGCCGAGGAGCAGCGGGGCGCCGCGGAAGCCGUGGAGGCCGUGGUGCUCGUGGGCGGCCGCCGGCGGCGGGGGAAGCCCGAGGCCGGGCUGGUGCAGGUGAUCGGCGAGGCCAACGCGAGCGCGUACGGCGGCGCCGGCGGCAGCGUUCAGGUGGGGUGCUUCCUGCGCAGGUCGGCGUGGCGCGGGGUGGACGAGGACGGCGAGGAGGUCGUCUUCGCCGGCACGCUGGCUCCCUCCUGCUUGGCAGGCGCCGGCGGCGUGCAGCGGCUCGGCCACGGCGCGCUGGAGGAGGAGGUCGCAGCUAUGCGGGUGGACCGGCUCGCCGAGGGCGUCUGGAACAGCUACUUCGGCGGGUGGUCCAGGUGGCACAACGUCGACGCCGCCUAGGUGCUGCUGCUGCUGCUGCUGCGGGUCAAUUCAAUUCAAGCGCGUCCCUGUGGGCCGCAGGAAUUCCUUUGGAUAAACGGAAAGCUAUUUCUGUGGAAUUCCUGCGUUCCAGACUUCCGGCCUCUGAGUUUAGAGUUUGUUGCAAAAUUAUACGACUAAAAUUCGUUCAAAAUUGGCACGAUGGUCGAUGGUUGAUGGUUAAGUAGGUUGGUUGGCUUACUAGUUGAAUGCAUGAUCACUUAAUGGCGGCCCCCCACCAAUUUAAUUAGUUUCCAUCAACCAUGUUCGUUGGCUGGUUCUUGUCAUCGUUUCAUUGUCGAUGGAGACGGGAGCGGUGAGCCGUGAGCGACCCGGCUGCCGGCCGGGUGCUCUACUGGUUCGGUGAUCAUGUAUGGUCCGUGGCGGGUCAGCAAAUACCAGCGCGUAAUUUUGUCAGCUUGUACUUCUCAUUACUAGCUUAAAAUUUGACACUUCCAAAA